AAGGAGAGGACAAAAGAUCAAUGAUUCUCCUUGCACAGUUCCAACAAAAGCUAACAUCAAUGGUGAGUUUCAGUUGCAACAAAGAGUAAUUAUAUCUCAAAACUCCCCAAAAAUACAAAAACUGAAACUGUCCAAAAUUAAAUUCGGUAUUUAUCAGUAGUAUAAGUAAGCUAUGGGAAACUUACAUGGUCUUCACAGAUCCCAUCACCACAACUCCCCUUUCCCACCGUCUACAGCUCCUCCAUCUUCAUAUUCACCUUCCGCUCCCCACAUGACGGUGGAACCUUAUUGCGGCGUAGACUCAAGCCUCCGCUGCCUCGCCGGAAAGGCCGAAGGUUUCGGCCGCGGCGCCGUUGGUGGUCUUAAUGGUCCGAUUUGCCACGUCACUUCUUUAGCUGAUGAAGGUCCAGGAUCGUUAAGAGAGGCUUGUAAGAGGCCAGAACCGUUGUGGAUUGUGUUCGAUGUGUCGGGAACGAUCAAUCUAUCUUCGUUCGUGAACGUAUCAUCGCACAAAACGGUAGACGGGAGAGGUCAAAGGGUGAAGAUAACGGGGAAAGGGUUAAGGCUAAAACAAAGUGAAAACGUUAUAAUAUGUAACCUUGAAUUCGAAGGUGGUGUAGGACCAGACGCAGACGCUAUUCAGAUCAAACCAAAAUCAAGCACCAUUUGGAUCGAUCGUUGUACUCUCAAGAAUUACCAUGAUGGUUUGAUUGAUAUCACACGAGAAAGCACUGACAUCACUGUCUCAAGAUGCCAUUUCGUGAACCACAACAAGACAAUGCUGAUUGGCGCGGACCCAAGUCACGUGACGGACCGAUGCAUUAGAGUUACGAUUCACCACUGCUUCUUCGACGGUACACGUCAGCGACACCCUCGUGUUCGCUUCGCAAAAGUCCAUCUCUUCAACAACUACACUCGUCAUUGGUCCAUCUAUGCCGUUGGAGCCGGCGUUGAGUCUCAGGUAUAUUCUCAGUGCAACAUAUAUGAAGCUGGUGAGAAGAAGACCGUCUUUAAGUACAUCACUGAGAAGGCUGCGGAUAAAGAGGAAGCCGAUGCUGGUUUUAUAAGAUCAGAAGGGGAUUGGUUCUUGAACGGCGCCAAGUCGUGUCUUAGCCACGACAAAGAGCACCACGUGUUCUCUCCGACUCAACACUAUUCUGGAUGGACCGUCGAGUCUUCAACAGAGAAACUCAAGAAAUAUAUUAAACACUCGACCGGCUGGCAGAACCUUCCGCUUCCACCUGACCAACUUCCAACCACAGCGUAACUAUUGCUUACUACAAUGAUUUGGAUUACUAGGCAGUGGUCGAAAGUUAUUGUGUGAUGCUUGUAUCUUCUUCCUUCACUUUUAAUUUCGAGUUUUGGGAUUAUAAAACU